CCGCACACACAUGCAUACACCCCCGCCCAGGCGCGCUCUCUGUGUGGGUGUUGAAGGGGGAUAAAAGCGCGCGCCGCUACCGGACCAACCAGCGAGCAGCACCGAGACACGCGCGCGCAGAAAUGAGAGCUUCACUGAGUAUCAUCACUGUUCUCUGCCUGUGCAGUCUGAAAGUGUCAGCUUUAGAUACAUUCCCAGAAAAAUUUGUGGCAGGUCUGAAUGGCAGCAGCGUUACCCUGAGCUGUGACAAAGCUAUUAAAACACCCGUGACAUGGAACUUUGAAGAUGAGAUAGUCGAAUCUCAUGAAGAUAUGUUCGAGCUCGAGGGCAACACGCUGAGACUUCCGAAACUCGAAGUUGAUGUGAUUGGGAAUUUCACCUGCUGGAGCGAGGGACAGGAAGUGGACUACACCUACGUCCUGAUGGACAUGUCAGACACCAUAACCGACUCCCCUGUGUCCUGCACGGCUGAAAACUUUAACUGCACCUCCACAAUUUCCUGCACGAUGAAAGAGAAGGAGUACCAAUAUUUCAGGCUUCGGGAUGAAAGGAACGACGGCUGGUUGACUCCGUCCACAGAUGGCAGGUUCCUCCUGACGCACAAAUCCAACCCGUUUGCGGAGGAAGCCGAGCCUAUAGUGCUGAUAGGAGAAGCCGUGUCUAAUCUGAAGUACUACUUUAAAAUCCACUACAGCUUCUACAUCCGAGAUAUCAUACGGCCUGGAUGUCCUCGUGUCUCCGUGUUGAAGAAAAACAACCUGAGUGUGCUGGACGUGAACCCUCCUGACUCCUGGACUCUGCCUCUGAGCUUCUUCCCUCUGCAACAUGAAAUUGAGUUCCAGAAGAGAACUGAUGGAAAGAUAAUAUCUCAAUUGUACCCUGAACCCAACAACACGGACUCGUCAAUAGGAAGCAUCACCAUUCCGACCGGAACCAGUAAACUCCGAGCUCGCUGCAGAGACUCUCUACUGCUCUCACAGUGGAGUGAAUGGACUGUGUGGCAAAAUGUGGGUAAGAGAAGACCAAAAAAUGGCAAGAACCCAAAGAAAAAGGACAAGAAGAAAAAACGCAUUCACCACAAGAGCAGAUAAAAUCUGCAGUAUGAAGUUCUUCACUGAAUUGUUUCCACUCAUGACUCUGAGUUCUUUUUUUCUUCAUGUGUCUAAUAGAUUUACACUCUGUGUGUUUAAAUAAAA